AUGGCUUUCUCUCUCAAAAUUGAUGGCCUUUUGGGCAUGCUUACCAUUCGGCUUAACGAUGACAACUUCUUGAAGUGGAGUUAUCAACUGGAGUCGGUACUCCAGGGCUACGAUCUGUUCGGCCACUUCGAUGGUUCUUUUGUUGCUCCUCCAAAAUUCGCCAUUGUUGGUGAAGAAGGUACUACUUCUGAGGUUACUACGGCCUAUAAAGACUGGAUUCGCACAGACAAGGCACUCUUGAGUUUUCUUAUUGCAUCUUUGUCAGAUGAAGCACUUGAGUAUGUCAUCGGGAGUCAAACAGCUAGAGAGGCCUGGCUUCAUCUUUGUGAUCGCUAUGCCUCUGUUUCUCGAGCAAGAAUUAAUCAUUUGAAAACAGAACUACAGACUGCUCAAAAAGGUGGAGACUCCAUUGAGCGAUUCUUGCUUAGGUUGAAUGGCGGCCGGAAUCAGCAAUCUCAGUUUCGUUCAUCUGGUUUUCGUGGUGCUUCCUCUUCCAAUUAUGGUGGUUCUGGUUCAUACAAAGUUGUGCCAGAAUGUCAAAUAUGCAGCAAACGUGGUCAUACAGCGGCGAACUGUUAUUUUCGUAAUGCUCCCUCUUCGGAUGCUCCUUCACCUGUUGUUGAGUGCCAAAUCUGUGGUAAACGAGGGCAUACUGCUUUGGAUUGUUAUCACCGCUCUAACUAUGCAUUUCAAGGGCAAGCACCGCCAUCUUCCUUAACUGCUAUGACAGCUCAAUCUUCUUAUUCUCCAGAGCAAGUCUGGAUUGCUGACACAGGAGCUUCUCAUCAUAUGGUUGGCAAUGCCUCUCACCUGCAUAAUGUCACUUCUUGUGAUGUGACUGAGAAUGUCACUGUUGGUAAUGGGGAAGGUUUGGAAAUUCUUAAUCUUGGCACUACCUCUAUUUCUUGUGCCAAUACCAAAGCUUUAUCUUUGCCAUAUGUGUUUCAUGUUCCCAAACUUAAAGCCAAUCUAUUAUCGGUGCAUCAAUUGUGUCAAGAUAACAAUUGUCUUAUCACCUUUGAUGCCUCUGGUUUUUGCAUACAGGACAAGCUCACCAAGCAAAUUGUUCUUCAGGGCAAGAGUAAUCGAGGUCUUUAUCACAUUCCUCUAGCUGCCUCUUCUGUCUUGAAUCGUGCCUCCUGUUUUUCCUCUGCUCCAGUUGCCUAUCUUGGCCAACAAAUAAAGUCCUCUCUUUGGCAUUAA